AUGUCAUCCAUUGAGAAACUUUUGAUUCGAGGAAUCCGGUCGUAUGAUCCCCAGACACAGAAUGUGAUCGAGUUUUAUACCCCGUUGACGAUCAUUGUUGGCCAAAAUGGCGCGGGAAAAACUACCAUUAUUGAAUGUUUAAAAUUUGCCACAACUGGGGAUCUCCCCCCCAAUUCGAAGGGGGGAGCAUUCGUGUACGAUCCAAAGCUUGCACAUGCAACAGAAGUAAAGGCUCAAGUGCGUUUGAAAUUCAGAAAUGUCAAUAAACAGCCCAUGAUUGUGACAAGGUCUCUUCAACUGACACAGAAAAAAACAAAAACCGAAAUGAAGACGCUGGAAUCAUUGUUGGUGAUGAAAGACCCAAUAAGUGGAGAGGUAGCUUUGCUUUUAUUACAAGGUCUAGCAAAUUUCUCUCAGCAGCCGAUGUGCCGAGCUCGAUACGGAAAUGCCGAAUCAUUUGGGCGUCUCUCUCGCCAUUUUGGACAAUGUUAUAUUUUGCCAUCAAGAAGAGGCGAGCUGGUACAUUUUUUUGGCUUACUGACACCAAUUAGGCCGUUGGCAGAGCCCUCGGUGCUGAAGAAAAAAUUUGAUGAUAUUUUCUCUGCAACAAAGUUCGUAUCUUCAGCAUUUACUGAUUUGUCAACUAGAUACUCGAAGGCACUAAAUGAGCUCAAGGAUAUACGAAAGGAAAUGCAGCAGGGACUAAAAUUGGAGAUCCAAAAGCUUGAGUUUCUUGCAUCUGAUGUCGACAAGGCGAAUAAGGUUCAGCCAACCCUGCUAUUACUAACAUCAAGAUCAAAAUUUCGGUUCAGAAUUUCAAGGAUAAACUAUCGCAUUAUUCUUGCAAUGUUUCUUCGUUCGAAAAACCAACUGUCGGUUUUAGAGGAGGCCAGAAAUGACCUUCUCUCCUCGAUGAAAAUCCUACAAGAGUCUGACAAAGAACUCGAGUCUUUUUUGAGCCUUCAAGUAAAUGCCGUUAAUUCUGCAGAAGCAGAACUUGAGGCGAAUAGAUCUGAAAAGGCCAAUCUUUGCAAAGAAAUCGAAGAAAUAGAGAGGCAAAAAAAGACUGCUUCAAGUGAACUUUUACAGGCCACCAACGAACUACAGUUGCAACAAUCCAGGAUUGCAAAAAUCCAGACCUUGAUCUCAUCCAAUCUCGAUCUGGAUAAAGACGGGCUUACCUUUGCCAAGCUCAACUCUAUUUUUUCGGAACUCCAGCACAAGGCAGAGGGGUUUGAAAAAGAGCUUUCACUGUUGACGGCAAAAUACCAUCAGGAAGAGAACGAACUAAAGAUCAAAAGGCAAAGAAUUAAAGACCAAAUGCACAGUUUAACGGAAACAAUUAAAUCAAAGAAGCGAGAGCAAUCCAAUUGCCAUCUUCAAAAAUCUUCCAUUUUAAGCUCUCUUCAAGAAUUGUCUUCAAUAUCCAGGGAGUUUAUAGAGCAGCAAGAAUUCCAAUAUCAAAUGGAAAAUGAACUGUUGGCCAAAAAAAAGUCUACCUGUAGCCGUUUCCAAUUUGAGGAAAAGCUUUCUCAAUUGGAGAAGGAAAAAUUACAGAUUGAAGGGGAACUUUUGGAAAACCAGGAUCUUCUUAAAGAGCUGAACAGGGCCUCUGAAGCGAAUACAAAGAUUUCCAUUAAAAGAACUGAUCUGCGAAGAAAGGAAAUUGCAUACAAGCAAGCGUUCAAUUCUGUUUGCUCGUAUUCCUCUCAGCAUUUGGGAAAUUCUCCUUCAGAGUCUAUUGACGAUAUAAUAUCAUACUGCGCACUUUCGUCGCACGAAUUGGACAUCAAAAAGGGCGUAGUUUCCUCUAGUAUUGAAGAGCUAGCCAAAGGAAUCAACAUCAACAAACUCAAAUUGGAGUCGUUUCAGGCGCAACUUGAAGAAGCCAACUCCAAUUUGCUGAAAAACAGGCUGAAAUCGGAGUCCUUUUUUGAGCUUGUAAAAUGCAGUGGCUUGUUAUCAUCAAAUGAAUACUUUGAACAGCAAACGUCUUUUCCUUUGGUUUUAAAAAAGCUGGACGCUCUUCAUGUUGAGUUAACGAAGCGACUAUCUUCUUCCAGGGAGUUGGAGAAUAUUUACGGAUCGUUUUUACAGGCCUCUCUUUGCACCUCAGAGUGUUCUUUGUGUUGUCGGCGCUUUUCUUGUGAACUGGAAAAAGAACGCUUUACAUUGAAGCUUACAAAUUUGAUAGCAAAUAUUCCAUCUGAAGUCAGGGUAUAUCAAGACCAAUUGACAAAAUUGGAUGCGAUUCAUGUCAAGUCUCGUGAAAUCCAAACGCAUUUGGACUACAUACAAGAUCUCGAGGGCGAGAGGAUUCCCGCUUUGAUCAAAAACAUCGAAAUCCACACUGGUCAAAUUGAGGCGUUGAAUUUGUCUCUUGAAAAAGCAUCCAGCGAAUUGAAAUCGCUGGAAGAACUAGCGGGCAAAUAUGAGGGCUUGAUGAAGCUCGUUGAAAGUGCAACGAAAAUCCAAAAGGAAAUCAAGCAAAUUGAGCAGGAGAUUUUGUUUAUCGAAAAAUCAGAUAACAUUGGCGUCAACUCUUCGCAUUCGUUUGAUUCGAUUCAAGAAAAAACGGCCUCUCUUUUGCGAAAAUCGACCAUCAUCAGGGGAGAGUCGGAUGUCAUAAGCAAAGAUUAUUCGACAAAGCUAAGCGAUAUACAAAUGCUGGAGUUACAACUGAAAGAUAAAUUUUCUGAACUGAACGUCCUGAAGUCGAAAUUUGAACACAAAUUGCGGCUAGAAAAUCAGUUGGCCGAGCUAAGUAAGCUUGAUUCUUCGCUGCAAGUUGAAAUCCAAUCCUCGCAAGCCUAUUUGGACACUGAAAACCAAACUCUUUUGUCAGAUAUUCAGUCAAGAUCCUGUGAAAUCGCAAAUUCCUACAAAAACGACGAGUUGGCAUUGAGAGAAGCCAGAAGAUCCUUUUUAGCUUACUUCAAUCCAUUUUCGUUGAUACUUUCAGAAUGUUGUGAAUGGGAAAACAGAAGAGGCAUUGAUUUCGUCACCUCGGAAGUGGUUUCUCUUCAGGACAAGAUAUCCCGGUUUUCUAUCAAACAAGACGAGCUCAGGGAAACCAUUUCUCGGUUGGACGCUUUAUUCCUUUCCUAUUCCCAAAAGGCAUCUGAGAUAAGGAAUAUUGAAAGGAAUGUUCGAGAUAAUAUCAAAUCCCGCUCCAUGUCCAAGGCUAUUUCUUUAAAGAGAGAGGAGCUUACCGGCCUGCUUAAUGGAUACUCUUCCGGAUUACCUUAUAUUGAGUAUAGACGUCAGGAGGAAGAGUUGAAAAGAGAGCAUUCUGAGCUGCUUGUCAAGAAAGCAGGGGUUGUUGGUGAAAUCAAGCAAGUCGAAUCGCAUUUGCAAAGACUGGCAGCUGAACUCGAUACCGAUUAUGGAGAAAUCGAAAAGAAACACAAGUCCCAGUUUGUCAAGGUGAAGGUCACUGAGCUUGCCCUGGUUGAUCUCGACCAAUAUGCCAAAGUGCUGGACUCCGCUAUUAUGAAAUACCAUUCGUUGAAGAUGGAGGAGAUCAACAAAAUCAUUAGAGAGCUCUGGGUUUCCACAUACCAGAGCUCCGACAUAGAUACCAUUGAGAUCCAUUCUGAUGCAGAAACUACUCGAGGAAAUCGCUCGUACAACUACAGGGUUGUCAUGCUCAAAGGCGACACCGAGCUUGAUAUGCGCGGGAGGUCCUCUGCAGGCCAGAGGGUGCUAACUUCGAUUAUCAUCCGGCUGGCUCUUGCGGAGACAUUUGGGCUGAAUUGCGGCAUUCUUGCUCUCGACGAGCCCACUACCAAUUUAGACCGAAUCGCUUUCAAAGUACCGCAUUUUGCUUUCCCCCAUUUUAGCAUCAUUAAGGCGCGACGGAGACAGUUUAAUUUCCAGCUUAUCGUGAUCACCCACGAUGAAGAGUUUGUGCAGCUAUUGGGAAAAUCCGAAUUUACCGAUUAUUAUUGGAGAGUUUCCAGGGAUGAAAAGUACGGCGUACACAUUGCUCAUUUUUAG